AUGACAUCCCCCUUCAGCGCCUUACAUGACCUGAGCGCACUCGCAUCCACCCUCUCCCCCUCCCCCCUCGUUUCCGCUGCUCCCGGACCAGCUUCUCCCAUCCCCAUGCACUCUCAGUCCGCAUCUCAUGCCUACCCUCCCCGUUCCUCCUACACCCCUCCCUCAGAGGCAUCCUACUCCUCCACUCCCUCCCUCUCCUUCUCCGCCUCCGUACAAGGUACAUCUCCCUACGCACCCAGCCUCGCAGGCUACGCCACCGCCAAUCCCGCCCCUGGCGGACUAGCAGCGGCAGCGGGAAAGGAGCACAGGAAGCACAGAAGGCAGAGCAGCUCGUCGGGUCACAAGCGCAGGCUCAGCGAUGCGAGGGAUGCGCUCAGUAUGACACGCGCUUUCAUGACCGCUGAUUCUCCCCCUCUCGGACCCACACUCACCUCUCAGAGUGUACCAGCGACGAGCUACCUCUCUGCUCGUGGUGGAUCGACGACCAAGCGCGAAUCUAGCAAGUCGAAUAGCGACGACGGUGCCGAGCUGAUGCCCAAGGACUCUGCAGGUAAGAAGCUGUACAUCUGCGACGACUGCCAGAAAGUCUACAGGCAUCGCUCGUGCAUGGACAAGCACCGCUGGGAGCACUCGCCUCAGUGGCUCCAGAGCUCCAAGUUCCUCCUCAGCAAGCAUCAACAGGUACAGCUGCUUGAGGCUGCCACCAUCCUCAGCCACCUGUCUGCACCGAGCCAGAGCUUGCCGGAGGAUAGGUCUCUGUGGCCCAAGUACCUCGCAGAAGUCACUACUCCUGUUGGUAGCGCUCCCCAAUCUGGAAUGGGCCGUCCCGCGCAUGCCAGCAAGUGGUCUGUUCCCUCCAACGGUCGAAAGAGCGUCUCCGCGUACGACGGCGAGUCCGUCCUGGGAGAGAUCGACAUGGAUGACGCGAGCGAAGACCUGGACGUCGUUGGCGGCGACGGGGAUGACCGUAUGAGCAUGGAAGACGACGACGAAGAGACCGAGGACGAGAUCGAAGUUGUCAGGCCCUGGACGGGCGUUGGCGGCUUAGAGAUGGAGCUCUGA